UUUCCCUUUUUUUUUUUUUUGCGGUUAAAAAAUUAACCAAUUUUAUUCCUUAUAUAUUUAAUACCAAUUCAUUAAAUAUUAUAAAUUCACUUUUAUAUUUUAUAAAUUUUUUCUUUUUUUUUGUGUACUAAAGAAUUGAAUAGUUCCACCUCAUAUAAAAAACUUUACUGUAAUUAGAUCAUAAAGUUAUAAGCGCGCAAAACGUUUAGUCAUAGAGCGUUUAGAAAAUGAGUGAUAACCUUACGAUUAUUAAAGGUCCUUGGAAUAAUCUUGAAGACGAAAAAAUUCGUAGGGAGGUAGAACGAUAUAAAACUCAUUAUCCAAACCAACAAAUAUCUUGGAAAUUUAUUGAAGAAGCAAUCCAAAAUCGUACUGCAAAGCAAUGCCGAGAAAGAUGGACAAAUCACUUAAAUAACGUUAACAAGGCACCGUUAACCGUAGAAGAAGAGAGACUUAUUUUACAAUUGAGAGAAGAUGAUCCCAACAUAAGUUACGUUCAAAUAUCCGAAAAGUUACCGGGACGUACACCUUUAAUUAUCAAAAAUUUCAUUUAUAGAGAAAGAAUUAAGGCAAAGAAAUCUAUCAUAAGGAUCCGUCAACUUAUGUCCAUUAAUUAUAUUAAUCACUAAUGUAAAGUAAAAUGGGUUUCGUGGGUUUCAAGAUUUUUGGAUAUUUUUUUUUUUCAAAUCAAUGAACAAUUUAUGAACAAUCUCUCUUCAUGAACAAUUAAAAAAGAAUUUAGAACUUGCGUCUUAUUGUAUUAUACUUUUUAUUUACCUACCAUAUUUAAUGUAUAUUUAUAGGAGAAACAUUAUCAUUAUUCAUUUCUUUACUUUUUCUUUCUGUAUAUUAGACUUCUUGUAAAAUUAUUUUUUAUUAUCAACGAUUUCAUUUUCUUUGUACAUCUUUCAUAUUAAUUCAUCAUUUAAAUUUCCAUUUUAUUUCUUUUGUAAUUUUUUCAUUUUUCAAAUAACGAAAAUGAUGAUAACUUUAAAUGGAAGCGAUGAUGUAUUUAUUUUGAUCACAGGUACAUAAGAAUUAAUAUAGAAAAAGAUAGUCAAUGCAUUCUUUUAGAUAUACA